AUGACCUGAGCAGAAAUCAAGAGUCGGACACUUAAGCAACUGAGCCACCGAGGUGCCCCACAUCUGCUGCAUUUCUAAAUUCCCAAACCACCUCCACCAGUAAAUCAAUCCAGCCAGCCAUCCGCAUUGGGAAGAGCCACAAAACCUCACAGUUUGGAGGCCAGUACAAUGGUCAAAACUCCAACACCCUCGAGAACAGAGAUAAAAAGAGUCAAAGGGGGUAGAAAUGAAUAGUCUGGAGACCAUGCGGAAGUGGCAGGUGCGGGCCCUGGCGAAAGGGGGUAGCUGCCACCAAGCUAAUUGCUGCCUCAUGAAAAUACAGUCUCUUGUGUUAGAGCUCUUCCAAAUUUUGGAAAACAGAUGCCAAACAUUUUAUGUGACUUUCCCAAAUUUUAUACGAUGGCAACUGGUUCAUUUUUAAAAAUACUUUCCAGUCCAAAUAUAACACAUUCAAGAGAUGGACUAGAGCCACAGGCCACCAGUUGUGGUCUCCACUCUAGCUGGAUCCUGGAAUUCAUUCUACACAUACUUCCUGAGCACUUGCUAAGACUCAGGGCCCUCUCCUGGGUUCUGGAGAUACAGCACUAAAGAAUGACCUAUUUACUAACUGAAGACACAGACUUAAAUGAUCACUGUAUAUAUAAAUAUAUAUAAUUGUACACUGGUGAGAACUCUACGUGGAGCAAAUGGAACACUUGGAGAGGCAAAAAUAGGGAACUGGAUUAGAUUAGAUUUGUGGUCAGGGAAAACCUCGAAGGAGAUGACAUGAGGUAGGAGAUGAAAGAUGAGUGGGAGUAGCGGGAAAGAUGUGCUAGGAACACGCCAGCACAUGCAAAGGCCCUGAGAUGAUAGAAAUUAAUGGUGGUGUUCAUACUAGGGGAAAUGAAAGGUGGGUAACAGGCACAGUAUAGAGAGGUGGAGGAAACUAGGCCAGAUCUUACAGGGCCUAGCAGAACUCAACAAGAUCAACACAGAGAAUGCAGAAGAGGGGUUCCAUCAGAAAGAUAGUCCAGAGGCACACGAAGGGAGACUUGGGGGAUCUGUCAGCCUUCCAGGUAGACAGGGCAGGAGGCGGGAUAAAAAGGGGUGUUUUAUAUACUACACAUGUGGGUUUGGAAGGGACUGAGGAAGUGACAAACACUUCCUUGAGGAAAGGUUUUUACAACAAGGCCCCCCUCCACCCUCCAGGGUCCUUUAAGGUGGCUUUUCCUAAUGCUGCGGAGAAAAUGCGGAAGGUCAUUGCGCAGCUUAAAGAAGUCCAGGCCUGCAUCCCUCCUUGCGGACUCCAGGAGGUCGCCCGGCGUUUCCGCUGCCGCGGGUGCUACUCCACGGUCUGCGACCUCCCGCUGGACUGCCCAGUUCAGGACUUGACGGUGGCUCGGGGUCAUGAAGCUAAGUUCUCUUGCACUGUGAACUUCGAACUGCCUAAGGAGGAAAUCACCUAUUCCUGGAAGUUCGCAGGAGGAGGUGUCCGGACGCAGGACGUGUCCUACUUCCAAGACCUCCCGUGGGCCCGGGGAUACCUGGCGCGGAUCCGGCCGGUGCAACCCGUGCACCGUGGGACAUUCUCUUGCGUGAUCGUGCACGACCAGAUCCCACUGGCGCGGCUCUACUUCUUUCUUAACGUGACUGGUGCGCCCCCACGUGGGGAGACCGAGCUCCAGGUCUCCUUUCGGGAAGUGUUGCGUUGGGCGCCCCGGGAGGCAGACAUGAUCAAACCUUGGAGGCCAAGCCUGGGCGAGCUGCUGGCCAAGCCCGAGGCUCUGACGCUGAGCAACCAGUGCCUGCUUGCGGCCGUCGUGGCCUUAGCGUCAGCCGGUACGACCCUUAUGGUGUGGAUGUUCUUUCGAUGGUACUUCCAGGGCAGCUAACAAAGGUAUCUUUUUCUUCCUUAUCCUGUUUUCAUUCCUAAAAUAAAGAAUAUAUUUCAGCUCUGUA